AUGCAAUUGGAGUUUGGGUCCUUCCAGAUUGGGUGGCUCGCUGUUGGGCGUUGGUGGGCGAAACUUAGACCACAUCUGUUACAAAACAAAGUUAUCUUGUGGAUUACAUUGGAUAAAAAACCAGUCUGGCUAUCUACAAUAGCAGUGGAUGUUACCCCACAGAGGCUUCUUCUGGUCCUGGUGUUCCUUCCGCUGAAGCUGGAUUCCUCUCUGUUCGCCCUGGUGCCUGGUUCCCUGGUCCACUGCCUCAUCUAA